AUGUCGGAAGGAGAAACCCCGCUGGGUCAGGCCCUCCAACGUCUUGCCCACAUGCAGGAGACCACCACAGCCUUGCAGCGACAGCAGAGCGAGGCUUUGCUCGGGAUCGCCUCGAGCCAGCGCGAGGACCGGGCCCUCCUACGGGAGCUGCUGCAGCGUCCGGCCGCCCGGGAGGCCGAUCCCGCGACCAACCCGGCCCGACCGCCUUCGAUUGCCCUCCAGAAAUUGACGGCAGACGACGAUCCGGAGGCAUACCUGGACAUCUUUGAGGGCACAGCGGCGGCGUGCGGGUGGCCGGAGGAGGAGUGGGCAGCGCGGCUAUUGCCCCUGCUAUCUGGGGGUGCGCAGUUAGCCGCCCACAGCCUGCCCGCAGCCUCUCGGCAUGUGUACCGAUAUCUGAGGAAGGCCAUCCUGGACCGGCUUGCGAGCCGCUGGCUCCAGCCGGGGGUGCGCUCGGCGGAGGAAGUCGUCGGGCAGGUGGCGCUGGAGCAGUUAAUCGCCGGCCUGCCAUCUUCAACGGCGAAUUGGGUCCAGUGCCAUCGCCCCGCCAACCUGGAAGCAGCCGUCGUCCUCGCGGAGGACCACCUCUCGCUUCCCCGGCGGAGCGUGAAAGAGGAGCCCCGACCACCGGCUGUCUCAGCGGGCAGACCCAUCCCAGCCCCGAGGAGGAGAUUUCCUGGAGCAGCUGCCCUUCCUCCACCACCACCACACGGGCCCAACCCCGCAGCCCCGACACUUCACCCCCAAGCCCUACCUUACCCUCCUGUUUUUAUCUCUCCCCAGGGUCCGGCCUACGCUUCUGGUCGUCCGGCACCACGGGGGGCUCCUCAGACGCCAGGGCUGGAUUGCUGGCGGUGCGGGCAGCCCGGCCACUUCCGACGGGAGUGUCCUCUCAUGGAGGUCGGACAGCUGGUCCGGGUUGCGGGACCGCCAGUUGCCUCCCCCGAUUUGGAAGGGACGUACCGUAUACCGACCGACGCCUCGAACAGUGGGGUGGGGGCCGUUUUGUCCCAGCAGGUGGAGGGGGUCGACCGCCCCGUACUGUACAUUAGCCGUAAGCUCGCCCAAAGGGAGGUGAACUACAGUACGGUGGAAAAGGAGUGCCUCGCCAUACGGUGGGCGGUCGGCGCCCUGCGGUACUACCUCCUGGGGCGCCCUUUCACCCUCUGGUCGGACCAUGCCCCGCUCCAGUGGCUCCACCGCAUGAAGGAUGCCAACGCCCGGAUCACUCGGUGGUAUCUGGCGCUACAGCCUUUCAACUUCAAGGUGAUCCACAGGCCGGGUAACCAGAUGGUCGUGGCUGAUUUCCUCUCUCGCUCGGCGGAGGGGGGGGGGGAGUCAGCUUGCGGCCGGCGGGAUCCCGGCCUGAGUCGGGCGGUGGGGGUAUGUGGCAGCGGGGUGUGGUUAGGGCGCCGGCUGCUGGUGUGAAGGGAGUGGCUCGGCCGGAGGCCAGACAGCUGAUCGGAAUCAGGUAAUCAAUCACUGAAUAAAAGCAUGUGGUAACCUGGUUCUGGUCUGUCUUGCAGUAGGCAGGAUCCUGGGAGGUCGCCGAAGGACCUGUGGAGGAGCCCACACGGGCAACGUUUUGCAACCCGUGUUGUACACUUUGUGUUGGUGCUAAUAAACGCCUGUGUUAAACCCAAACCCUGCUCUUUCCGUCACUCUUUGAACCCUGUGUGAGCAGAG